CUUGCAAAAUACAUCUAGACGUUGAGCAGAAGUGGUUGUUUCUGCAGAUAGUUUAUCUGAAGAUUGUGUGGACCUCUGAGUUUUUCUCUCCUCGUGGAAUUACUUUAGAUUAUGUCAUAGGAGAGGAACAAUGAUGUUACACUAAGGAGAAGUAUGAAUGCUGGACCUCAGACUGCUUGGUAUUUGCAAAGAGUUCCCUGUAUCAGGCACCUACAAGUCCUUUUAGGAUUACAGUGCACCCUAGUUCCUUAAAUGAGGAAGACACCUGGAAGCAAAAACGUGUCAGGAAAUAUUGUAAAUUCUCUUCACAAUGGAUUUUUUAAAUAUAUUUUGCCAAUGAAGGUGAAACCACUUAGUCUUCUUUGGAACAUUAUGGAUUUGAUAUCUUGAGAGGAGUGAAUUUUUAUACCAGAGAGUGGAAUUCUUUUUCUACAGCUUGUUUCAUCACCUUGGUUUUCUUAUGUGCUGGGAAAGAGAUUGAUCCUAAAGCCUUCGCUUCACAAUAGCGUGACCUUUUAAUCCAAGAAACAUGUCGUUGCAUAGAUUAAGAGAGAGGAGUGAAGGCCAUGGCCCUAGGAUUUCAUCCAGGGUCACACAGUUACAUCGCAGUGUGUCUUCUACCAUGCGCCGGUUACUUCCCAGGAGAGGGUGGAGAACCAACUUUAAUCAAGCUACUUCUGAUGACAUCAUGCAUCAGGACACUUUCCCGAUGUGUGCAGCUGAUAUUGAGGAUCAGCUGAAGAAGCAGUUUGCAUACCUGUCAGGUGGAAGGGGAGAAAAUGGCUAUCCUGUCAUAACAUUUCCGGAAUACCCAGCCUUCAGCGAGAUCCCAGAGACUGAGUUCCAGAAUGUUCUAACGUAUCUAACCAGCGUUCCCAGUUUACAAGAUGCAGGAAUUGGCUUCAUCCUAGUCAUCGACCGAAGACAGGACAAAUGGGCAUCUGUAAAAGCAUCAAUACUGAGGAUUGCAGCAUCAUUCCCAGGGAACCUGCAACUUGUUAUUGUUCUGCGGCCAACAACAUUCUUUCAGCGAGCUCUGUCAGACUUUGCAUUAAAAUUCAACAAAGAUGACUUUAAAAUGAAGGUACCGAUCAUAAUGCUGAAUUCAGCAGCAGAAUUACAGAACUACAUUGACAAGUCACAGCUGACAGAAGACCUUGGUGGCACAUUGCAUUAUUGCCAUACAAACUGGCUAUUACAUCGCACAGCUAUAGAAAAUUUUGCCGUGAGGGUUAAGCAGACAGCACAGAUUCUACAGUCCUUCGGAACAGAAUUGGCAGAGACAGAGUUGCCCAAUGAUGUGACUACCACCAGUUCUCUUUUAGCUGUGCACACAGAGAAGAGGGAUAAAAUGAAGGAUGAUCUGGGAUUAGCACUGAAGCAGGGAAAUGAUAUCCUGGAACGGAUCAGGCAGCCAAUUCGAGAGGACCCAGAAUACAUGAUGAAUCAGGACCAGCAGGAUAACCAAACAACAGUCGAGAGGCUUAUUUGUCAGCUAAAUGAAACAGAAACUGCAUUUGAUGAGUUUUGGACAAAGCAUCAACAGAAGCUUGAACAGUGCUUACAACUGCGACAUUUUGAGACAAAGUUUCGAGAGAUCAAGGCAGCCCUGGACAGUAUUUAUGAGAGGUUAUCAAUCUUUAAAGAUGUGGGGAACAGUUGCUCCCAUGUGGAACACAUACUGAAGGAUCUUUGUACUUUUGAAGAGAAGGCCCAGGAAACGAUACAGUUGGCACAGGUCUUAGCGAGGGAAGGUGACCAUCUCAUCCUAAGUAACCAUUAUGCCGUGGACUCCAUCCUCCCAAAGUGUACUGAGCUUCAUCAUCUAUGUGGUGACAUCAGUAGUCAUAUUCAGGAAAGGCGGGAGCUGCUCCACAACUCUCUAGAACUUCACAGACGUCUGGAGAAGACCAUGGAGUGGUGUGAUGAGGGUAUAUACUUGCUGGCUUCUCAACCUGUGGAUAAGUUCCAGUCCCAGGAUGGAGCAGAAGCUGCAUUACAAGAGAUAGAAAAGUUUCUUGAGAGUGGCACAGAGAAUUCCAUUAAAGAUUUGCCUAGUGUUCUUGUGCAGUAUGAAGGGAUUCUUACUCUUGAACUACAGGAACAUGUUCACAAGGUGUUCCACAAGCAGCAAAGUAUGCAAGAGAUGUUCGAGAAGAGGAAAGGAAGCUUGCGCAAGCUAGCAGCUAAACAAACUCGGCCUGUGCAGCCUGUGGCUCCUAGACCAGAAGCAUAUAUCAAGUCCCCUAGUUCUUCUCCAGUUCUCCAAAGGGCCUCUGAGCACAGAGUUAGUGCUGAAAAUGUUCUUCAAAGAAGAAUGAAUUAUCGCAGGGGCAAGAGUGAACUAGAUGGUCAAGUUAGGAGUACUUCCAUGAUGGAGGAUGAAGAAAAUUUAGCAGUACUAAGAAGGCAUGUUAUGAAUGAGCUAAUAGAGACAGAACGAGUGUAUGUGGAAGAGCUUUUAUCUGUUCUUGAGGGUUAUGCUGCUGAGAUGGAGAAUCCCUUAGUAAUGCAUCUGCUCUCUCCAGUUCUCCUUAACAAAAAGGAUGUGUUGUUUGGAAAUAUGGAAGAAAUCUACCACUUUCAUAAUAGAAUAUUUUUGAGAGAGUUGGAGAACUACAUUGACUAUCCUGAACUAGUAGGAAGAUGUUUUCUAGAAAGGAUGGAAGAUUUCCAGAUAUAUGAGAAGUACUGCCAGAACAAGCCCCGCUCGGAGAGUCUAUGGCGUCAGUGCUCUGAUGCUGCGUUUUUUCAGGAAUGCCAAAGGAAAUUGGAUCAUAAGCUGAGCCUGGAUUCCUACCUACUGAAACCUGUUCAGAGGAUAACAAAGUACCAAUUGCUUUUAAAGGAAAUGUUAAAGUACAGUAAGAAUUGUGAAGGCGCUGAGGAUCUGCAGGAAGCUUUGGCUUCUAUUCUUGGCAUCCUUAAAGCCGUAAAUGACUCCAUGCACCAAAUAGCUAUCACUGGAUAUGAAGGGAACCUAAAUGAUCUUGGCAAACUUUUGAUGCAAGGGUCCUUUAAUGUGUGGACAGAACAUAAAAAGGGACAUUCCAAAGUAAAGGACCUGGCAAGGUUUAAACCAAUGCAGAGGCAUUUGUUCCUGCAUGAGAAGGCUGUACUGUUCUGCAAGAAGAGAGAAGAAAAUGGGGAAGGAUAUGAGAAGGCUCCUUCCUAUAGCUUCAAACAUUCCUUAAAUAUGGCGUCUGUUGGAAUUACAGAAUAUGUCAAAGGGGACAUUAGGAAAUUUGAAAUCUGGUAUAAUGCUAGAGAAGAAGUAUAUGUUGUGCAGGCACAAACAUCUGAAAUAAAAGCCACCUGGGUAAAUGAAAUCAGAAAGGUAUUGACUAGCCAGCUUCAGGCUUGUAGAGAAGCCAGUCAACACAAGUCAGUGGAGCAGACCAACAGUUCUCCAUUGCCUACUCCAUCUAGUAGCAGUCCUUUGAGAAGUAAGUCUGGCAAGAACAAAAAACUGGAAGAAAGGAAAACUGAGCCUUUAAUAAGUCCUGACUCCUCUUUAGUAGCGUUACCAAAGUACCUUGAGAAAGGUAAAGCUUCUCCUACCAGCCCUGACAAAAAAACUAAACGCCACGAAGUAAAGAGUGACCCAACUCCAUUUGGUUUAAGAGGUUGGAAUAGGACAUCUCAGUCACUAGAUGUGUCCGAAGGAAACAAUGAUGGAUGGUCCAGUGGUGAAGACCCGAUCAAUUCUUCAGAUGCUGAGGAUGAAGCAGCAGAAACAGCAGAUAAAAAGCUGAGUCCAGGUAAAUAUACUGUCGUUGCUGACUGCGAGAAACGUGGGCCAGAGGACCUUCCAGUAAAAAGUGGAGACAUAGUUCAGCUGAUACGUGAGGAAGAGGAUGGAGUCUGGUAUGUGAAGAAUCUGAGCACCAACAAAGAAGGACUCGUGCCUGCCAGCAACCUGAUGAUACUCAUUGGGGCUUCCAAGUCGGUGCAUUCACUAAGUAGCUCUGAAUCAGGAACUGCUUCCAGCACGUUAAGCACCUCAUCAAGCUGCAGUGAAAGCUGCAAUGCAAGCAUUUCUGAUAUCAAGGGCUGAACUUGAACACAAACUUGUGCACAAACCAGGUGUGUCGUGGACGGGUGAUCCCAGACUUCAGACCAAGGGAGAAGAACAGGAUGGAUAAGGAAAAGGCAAUUUUCUGGUGCAGAUACAAAGAAAACAGUCAUAGAGAGAUUGUCCGCCUGUGUUCUUGCCUCCCUCUGUUUUAUGUCAUCUGACAGGCCAAUGGGGAAAUAAGGAGACAGGAUGGGGUUUAGUGAUGUCUUGUGCCUGAGAGACUCCUCUCCUUACACCACACAUAGUUCAGUUUACAGAUUUAUAAACAGUGUUUACUCCGUCAACAUUUCACCUAUACCGUGGAACAUUUCUGAUCCCUGUAGAACAUACCGGGCA